CGCUCCGGUAUUAAUUCCAUUCCAUUCCGAAGACACGAUAUGCAUUGAAUUGAGUGUUUUUUAUUACUUGGGGAAGUGUUUUUUAAACAAAUAUAUCUUUGAUAUUGAUUUGAAAUUUGAAGCUUUUCACUUGGUUUUAUUUUAUUGCUCCAGUGUCGGUUUUUGACCGUGAUAAUUUGAAAAUUGAAUUUUUAUUUUCUGAUGCAAUCGGGAGCUUAAAAAAACUUUGUUGAUAAUGGAAAGUUCAGAAGCAGAAAAGAUUUUUGACCCCAUGCUAAAGAAGAAGAAGAAAAAGAAAACUCCUUUUGAUCCAAGUGCUUUGGAGGACAAUACUGUCACAGAUAGUGGGAAUACAACAAUAACACAAGAGGAAAGUUCAGAAAAUUUUGUUGCUAAAGAUGAAAAUGAAGACCCUGUCUUAGACCUUGAUGAUUUUUCUGGUUUGAAGAAAAAAAAGAAAAAGAAGAAACCUUUUAAUUUAGAAGAACUAGAUUCUAGUUUUCAAGAAUCAGAAGCAAAAGAAGAUUCAAAUGUGGUUAUGAUGGAAGAGAAGGAUAUGGAUGAUGCUGCCUUAGAUGAUGAGCUCGAUUUCAGUCUCCCAAAAAAGAAGAAAAAGAAAAAGAAGAUCAACAUUGAUGAGCUAGAGUCGGAAAUUGUCGGAUUAGAUGAGGAAGAAGAUGAUGAAAUGAAAUUUGAGGAUGAGUUAGAACCUAAAAUUUCUACUGCCAUAUCAUCAAGUUCCUGGACUGGAACAGACAGAGACUACACAUAUGAUGAGCUUCUGGUUCGGGUGUUCAACAUCAUGAGGGAGAAGAAUCCGGACAUGGUGGCCGGGGAGAAGAGGCGAUUCAUCAUGAGACCGCCCCAAGUACUACGUGUAGGCACCAAAAAGACCUCCUUUGCGAAUUUCCUGGAGAUUUGCAAGAUGGUCCAUAGGCAGCCUAGGCAUUUACAAGCUUUUCUUUUAGCUGAAUUAGGAACAAGUGGCUCCGUAGAUGCAAAUAAUCAGUUAAUCAUUAAAGGUAGAUUUCAACAGAAACAAAUAGAAAAUGUCCUUAGGAGAUAUAUUAAAGAGUACGUGACGUGUCACACGUGUCGCUCCCCAGACACCAUCCUGCAGAAAGACACCCGCCUCUUCUUCCUGCAGUGCGAGACCUGCGGGUCCAGGUGUUCCGUGGCCAGCAUCAAAUCCGGCUUCCAGGCAGUCACCGGAAAGAGGGCGGCCAUUCGAGCCAAGACCGCCUAGUGAUUUUGAUAAGCUUUGUACAUUUAUUUUGGAAAAUAAAUUGUGCAAUAACAAA